AUGAGUGCAUCUUGGUUCGCCAAACUCAGGUACCACAGCCUCCGAACCGCCACCAGUUCAAGAUCCACCACCUGCAAAAACCCACUCCACGCUUAUGUCAUCUCUGAAGUGAAGCUGAGAUCCAAAACUGGCUUCUUGUUUAGGAAGAUAACGGUAAAAGCAAGGCCCGACACAGACCGCAGACAAGAGGCCAGUUUUGCGUCUCUGCUCCAGGAGAAACGAGGCCUGGGAUAUUUGAAUCUGGAGCUUUUUCCGCACUGA